UUGUUGGCAGCUACGUGCUAUAUAACUUCCUCUUCCCGGGGUUCAUGUAGUUGAUCUGGCUGAAAGUCGCUGUGCACAGUGAACGAUUUUCAAUUGCUCUGCGACACUAUCUUGAUUAAAUCAUUUUGCAAUUAAUGUAAAUAUAGGGUUCUGUGAUAGUACUGCACACUGCAUGGUACGACCACGUGUUUUAAUUUCUACUACAGUGUUUCUUCCAAGUCACAGUUUAUACCUUCCUGGUUUAUACAUGUAUGACAUUGAGCUAAUAUAUAUAUAUGGUCUAAAAGUGAAAUCACCAGGAAAUUUACGUGAAAAGGUACGUUACGGUCUAUCGGAUCUAGCAUAGAUAUACGAGCAACUUGACAGAAAUGGCUUUGACUACAGCACAAACCAUUAACCUGACUAACGGGUCAGCGAUGGACACUUGUGAUGUUGUCAGUCUCACCACGCAGUUUUACUGGAUCGCCUACAAUAUUCCUCCAACGAUUUUUCUCCUACUUGUGGCUACGUUCUGCCAAUGCCAACCAAACACCUUCAAGUGGGAUCGCCGUCCAAAACUGUCUACCCCAUGAACUUGCUUGACAGCUACUCGAAUCGGCUCCCGUACGUCUUCGCUUUCUUGGUGACGAGCAACGUGGUCAUCGACCUCCUACAGCUCAACCCCGGUGGCUCAUCUCUGGAUCAUAUUAAUCCAACAGUGCGAUUUCUUGUAUGGGCCCUCGUCAAGUACGCGUACAUCAUCAUAGGAGGUCUGGUUUUCUACCCUCUGCUGCUGUGCAUCACGUAUAGUAACUUCUUGACAGACGUCCUUGGCUUUGUCUUCACCUGCAACUGGUUUGCUAUGUAUGUUUAUAUUUACACCCUCUGCCCUGUCGGGUCAAGAGAAGGGAUACUGAACGGUCUAAGUUACAUCCCGUCUCUGAUUUCGUGUCUUGGUUUGGCCUGUUUCUUCCUCUGGCGGAUAGUAAGGCGGUUACAGAGGAGGUGCAUGAAAUUGAGAAACAGGAAUUUUAGUCUCGUUGAAGACGGCACGGAUAAUAGAUUGAUGAAAAGCCACUACGUCGAACGUGUUAAAUACCUACUGCGACGCGAUGACAAACGACACGGAUGUUUAGUUUAUGAACCCAAUGGACAGAUGAAGCGACUCGCGCUAUGGAUUUAUCCCACCUUUGCAGGCUUCAGGUAUUCAACUCGAAUCGUGUGUACAUUUGGACUUUCCCUUAUUGUUCUUUAUCAGAUGAGCAUAAUCUACAUCACUAGAACGCUGAUAAUAUUUCAAGACUUGGUACUUCAGUUCGUAACCACCAGUCCCGAGAUGACCAAGUUCUUUGAAACGAUCAGGCUCGCAUUUCAUCUUUCAAGUUAUCCUGCGAUAUGCAUAUCUUUCAUCAACUGCAUCCUUCUCUUGCGAAACUACAGGGAGAAUACGAGAGAAUUGUGGAAGGGCGACCGAUCUCGAUUCCGAAACCGAACCAGGGCACCACAUUCUAUUAUCGUCUCGUGUUUGAGUUUCUCUAGCUUCAGCGUUGCCUACACAUUCUAUGGUUUUCUGGUGCUUCAAAUCGUUCUUUGGAUAAUUAUGUCGUGUGUGGUUGCCAUUAUCCGAUACAAUUUCUUGAUUCAACUGCUCGAUCAUUAUUGGUCGCAUAUCUUUCUCAUCGUACUCUUAAUAGUGAUUCAGCAACUUUUAGCCAGAUUUGUUCUUCUCGAUCGGAAGACAAAGGGAGCGUUGGUCAUAAACAACAGACAUCUGUUCAACAUCAUCAUCCACUUCUUCUUCUUUCUCACAUCAUCAUCGUCGGCCUCCUGGGAAGUCUUCUUCGCAUAAUCAAAGUCACGUUCAUCGGUAUCUUGCUCAUUGGCCGAGUCGACUUGUGUCUGGCGCGCCUGGGUUUGAAUGGGCUGAUAAAGGUUUCAAAGCCUAUCGCUCCUUUCUCGAGUUGGAAGUCAGCCUGACUCACCCAGUGGUCGUCACAUUCUGUCAUUUACUUAACCAAUCACGGAGAAACAGAAGUGCCGAUGGAUGGAGAUAACGAUGUCGAGAGCGGGCACGACCUCCAAGCGGAGGUAGAUAGUGACGUCGCUAUUAUUGAUGUUGCCGCUUCCUGGGGCGCAAGUAGUGAACACCUCCUGAGAAGAAGAGUUAGAAAUCGUUGGCUCAAAGCAUUCACAUUGAUUCAUAACAAACGACUGGUGUACGAGAGACUACACAAGCUGGAUGAAGCGAACAGAGAGGAACAGCAUAAUAGGAUGUUCUACAUGAUGCCCCAGGAAACGGAAGCAGUGUAGAGGUCAGGUCAGGUUCAUCGGUGGACUACGGAAGCUCCACUGUCCCGAGCAAUGCGAUGGUUUGUGGUAUCGACCGACCCUCAACAAAAAAAUAACGACUGUGCCAGAAUUAGAAGUAGACGUUUGAUACAUUUUUCCUCGUUUACUUAUGUUAUAUUUCAGAGGGGAAAAUUCUUUUAUGACGUUGUAAAUGACUUUUCAUUCAAGACUUCCGGUCUAAUUAUCUUAAAGGAAGGCCGAGGCUAUCGAGCGAAUUUUGUCGUCGCCGAAAAGCGUAACUCCCUGAACCCUAGGUUAUACAAACUUCGCGCGUAUGUGUCUGUGCUUACGUUAGGCGUAAACAAACAGAAAUAUUGCACUUUGCGACCUUAAAACAAAUCUUAAAAUCUA